GCAGUUUGUCUUCAUCGGCUGCGGAAUGCCGCUGCCUUUUACCAAGCAGCUAUCUCUAGGAGAGAUUAUGAGACACCUUGAAACCUACGAAAAGAGGAUCCGGUGUCUAAUCGAAGGCGAAGAAGCUUUGAAGGCUGGUCAUUUAAUUUGCUGCGGCGUCAAGACAUGCAGUGCAAACUCUGUUACGAUUCAAGGACUGUGUGUGCAGACGUCCCACGUUCGAGGGAAGCCUCAUGAACUGGAGUUUAUUUUUGACGGAAGCAGUCGUAUCAAGGUACGUACUACGUCAGCCUUUGAACUGUUCUAUGUUGCAGCCGCAGUGACCGCACAUGUGCGCUGCGGCGUGCGCGGCUACAUUACUACGGCAGGUAGUGCUCGGUGUAUAACCCAUUUUCGUUUGCAGGGCCACUGCUCCUGCAAGGCUGGAAACUCUCAGCGCUGUAAGCAUAUGAUUGCAAUGCUGCUAUUUGUGAACAGGACUGGCAUCCAGAAUUUGGAUCUACUGACCUCAACAGAUAUGGCACAGGCCUGGGGCAAACUGAAGAUGACACCCAUGUAUGAAGCAUGCAAAUUGCAGGAAUUGUGCCAUGUACAGUCACAACCACGGCCAAUUCUAGACGAGAAAACCAAAGAAGAAAGAUUCCGCAUCGACCUGGAUGCCCUUGUCUUCUGUACACAAGUCUGGUACGUCUUGCGAAAGCUGAACAAGGGCUUCUGCCACCUCCUGGUCUAA